CUGACGUGUUCGACUUGAGAUUAGAGACACUGUUGUCGGACUCAGAUAUAUUACUUUCCCUCUUUUCUUUUCUAACCUCUCAUCUCUUCCAUUUUUCUUUUCCUUUUUCUGGUCUUUGAAUCUACAAUAUAUAAUUAUUAAUAAAGAGAAAUCCUACCUCCUUUCACUGAAUUUAACAUUCAAUAUCAAUGGGUUCUGAAGGAUCGAGUGUUGUUGUGCCUAGGAACUUCAGACUACUGGAGGAGCUUGAGAGAGGAGAAAAGGGGAUCGGAAAUGGAACUGUCAGUUAUGGAAUGGACGAUGCCGAUGAUAUCUACAUGCAGUCAUGGACAGGAACUAUAAUUGGCCCCCCAAAUACUGUUCAUGAAGGGCGUAUCUACCAGUUAAAAUUGUUUUGUGGCAAGGAUUAUCCAGAUAAUCCGCCAAGUGUGAGGUUCCAAACUCGGAUAAAUAUGGCUUGUGUCAAUCCUGCAAGCGGAAUGGUCGAGCCUAGUCUUUUCCCUAUGCUUGCCAAUUGGCAGAGGGAAUGCACAAUGGAGGAUAUAUUAACUCAGUUGAAGAAAGAAAUGAUGGCUCCACAAAACAGGAAGCUCACCCAGCCUCCUGAAGGAAAUGAGGAGGCAAGGUUGGAUCAAAAGGGGCUAGUCCUAAAGUGUUGUAUUCUCUGAGAGUCAUUUGAAAGUUAAUGAGCAAGUACUGUAUAUAGAUACACAAUUCCUCCUGCAGGCUUAAUUCCAGCAAUAUAUAAUCUUGUGUAUGAGACAGAUAACCUCAGUUCCAUCAAAUGGUGGCUAAAUAAUUGGAUCCUGAUGAAUUAUUAA